AUGACUUUGGCUAAUUCGAACACUCCUAUACCUGUGGACGAUGGGUUUAAUGAGUACGAAAGUGCUCUCAAACGUCAAAAGUCUACCACUUCAAAGGUGUGGGAUGAAAUGACAAAGCUUGAAUGCGAGAACAAAAAUGAAUUGAAGGCACAAUGUAAUCACUGUAAGACUAUCUUCUCUGCUAAAUCUUCUAGUGAAACCUCUCAUUUAAGACGUCAUCUGAAUAGUUGUUUGAAAAAAGUUAAUAAGGACAUCACUCAAUACACCAUAGCCACUCAACCAUCAUUAAGAGGUGUUCCAUCUAUAAAAAACUACAAGUUUGAUGCUGAUGAGUGUCGUCAAGCUAUUUCUACUUUUCUUGUGUAUGUUAAAGCUGGUUUGGAACUUGCUGAUGAUGUUUUUGAUUUUGUUGAAACCAUUCUUAGCAAUCUUAGACUCUUGUUUGACGAGUAUGUUAAGAAAUCCAAAUCCACGUCUUCCUCUUUGGGUGGGAGUUCUAAUGUUUCGGAUAAAAAUCCUGUUGAUUCUAGUUUGGAUGAACACAAUAUUAAUAGUGCUGAUUUUGGGGGAGAUUUUGAUGAGAGUGAUGAUUAUAAACAGUAUUUAAAUGAAUCUAGCACUAGGAGUGAAAAGUCACAGUUGGACAUUUAUUUAGAAGAAGCAAAGCUUGAGUUGAAUAGUCAAAUAGAUGUUUUAGAUUAUUGGAGCAAAAGUUCAGUUCGAUACAAUGAACUUUCAUUAUUGGCUCGUGAUCUUUUGGCAAUUCCAAUAUCGACUGUAGCUUUCGAAUCGGCUUUUAGCAUGGGUAAGAAAGUUAUCACACCUUUGAGGAGUUCACUUAAGCCAAAAACGGUUCAAGCCGUUGUUUGCUUGGAUGAUUGGAUGCAAGCUAAGGGAUUUUCAAUAGAAAUUGGUUGCAAUAAUGAUGAUGACGAUGAGGAUGAUGUUUCUUCGAUUGCUUUUUAA